AUGUCACUAAAUAGGCAGAGACUUCAUCUGAUUGAUCAGGUGUCUAUGUACUCAUUAGAACUAGACAACAUGUCGAGUCAAUACAUUAAAGAUACAAGAGAAUUACAAAGUGAGAUUGACCGUCUUAAAGAACAACUUAGUAAUAUUACCUAUAAAUAUGAAAUUUCCCAAAAGCAGAGCAGGGAGCAGGUGCUGGCUAUUGGCAGGCUGGUUAACUCCUGUAAAUGUAAUGAUUCAGUGUAUUCUAUAGACAGCCCCAGGACAGCACAUGCUCCUUCCUCGCUGCCACCACAACCUAUCAAAACUUUUGUACCUGAAUUCAAGGACUCCCAUUUACAAACAAACAAAUUGUACAAAAAUGAUAACAUAGCAAUGUUUAGUGAUGAAAUUGGAAAGGGCAUGGGUCCCUUAAUGUUAAAUACACAGUUGGGACAUUCAUUCAGCAAUUAUUGCAUGCCUCACUCAUCUUUUAAUGAUAUUAUGGAAAAAGUUUUAAAUUCCAAAUCAGACCACAAUGUAAAUACUUCAUUAGUCAUUUUUGUUGCCAAGAACUUGGCUAAAACUAUUGCUUCUAUUGAGCAAAUUGACAUUACCCAUAGCGACUUUGCCAAUCCGUUGGCAGAUAUUUCUUUAGACAUUAAUAAAAAUUUAAAUGACAUACCUAAUAAUUUACAUAAUAAUGAGAUUGACAUUUCAAAUAAUUUAAAUUUACUGAUAAGACAAUAG